AUGGCCGAAGCUCUCUUACCUAUUCUUGAUGAUGAAAAUAAUGAUGGCUUGAUCUUUUUCUCAGAUGAAGCAACAUUUCAUAUUUCAGGCAUGGUUCAUAAGCAUAACUGUCGAAUUUGGGCUCGAGAUAAUCCUCAUGUUACUAUGGAAGUUUCAAUGAACUCACCAAAAGUUACUUCCGUAUCUCGAGCAUUAAUUGCAAAUCCAAAACAAGAAGGAAUACAAUUACUUUUUCGUCAUGUUCACCAUGAAAAAGCUGUUGGUUUUGGUAUACUUUCAUGGUCUAGGUCGACAUUAAAAAGUGGUCGUCUAGCUAUAAUGAAAGAUUUUUAUGUUGAUCAAUCAUAUCGAGGUCAAGGUAUUGCUGAUCUUCUGAUUGGUGAAUGUGCACGAUACGCACGAGAACAUGGUGGAUUAUGUUUAACAUGGCAAAUGUCGGUGAAAAAUUAUCGUGCACAAGCUGUUUAUGAUCGAUGUGAUGGGUAA